AUGAGGGAGCGCAUUCCAGAUCUUGUAAAGACGGCGGACAAUUGGUGCAGUAAAUGGGCGAACAAGAAAACAAUUCUGGCAACAGAGGAGCUGAAGCGCUACACUUUGGAUGUCACAAUGAACGCUCUUCUUGGAAUGGAGUUUCCUCUGAAUGGGGAGUCACUGGAGGACUUGUACAACAAGUUGCACAUCUUUUCCACAGGCGUCUACUCGUUUGGUAUUGACCUUCCGUUCACAAAAUUUGGAAGAGCCAUGGCUGCACGGCAGGAGAUUCUGGACAUGAUUUCCGAGGGGAUUUACCGCUUUCGGCGCAAUCCAGAACUAAAAGGCUGCCUUCGGAGCCUAAUUGAUGGACGGGAUGAGGAUGGAAAUGGCCUGACGAUGCCAGAGCUGCUGGAUAACAUCGUCACCAUAGCAUACGCUGGAUUCGAAUCUACGGCCCUAGGGAUGACGACAGCACUCUUGAAAAUGGCACAACAGCCUGAGGUCUGGGAAGAACUGAAAAAGGAACAGGAGCGCAUCAUCGCCAAACACGGCCCCGAAAUGACAGCGGAGGCCAUAGAAGACAUGGAAUACACUACAGCGGUGUACAAGGAGGCCGUGCGCAUAAUGCCUACACUUCCAGGUCUUUUCAAAGUCGCAACCAAGACUUUCGAGAUCAACGGAUACCGCAUACCCAAGGGCUGGGUCGUUAUUCCCUUAACAGGCACCACCGCUCAGCACUACGACGAACGGUGGCCCGGCGACGCAAACUACUGCCCGAACCGAUACUUGACAAAAGCCGGACGGGAACCCGUUCCAGAGCUGGCCUUCGGCCUUGGGCCACACUCUUGCAUUGGACGUUACCUGUCCAUACUGGAGGCCAAAAUCUUGUUAGCGACCAUGGCUCGGGGCUUCAGCUACAAGAUUGCAAAUCCGGACCAGGCCAGGGUGUAUGCGCCGUUGCCCUUUCCGGAAGAUGGACUCGCCAUGAUAGUCGACAAGUGA